AUGUCGCUGUACGGUGAAAAGCCGGUGUCCCACAUCGAGUUGCUGCAGCGCCUUCGAUCGUGCGCGGCUGGCCUGCAAGUUCUGGGUCUCGGCAGGGGAGACCGCGUCUACGCGCGCUUCUGCAGCUCCAGCGUCGAUGGCCUGGUCGCGUUGUGCGCCGCGAUUUUCACUGGAGCCACGGUCAUCCUCGCCGGAGACUUCACGCAAGCGGAGCACCUGGCCAGCAUCAAAUCUUUGGACAUCACGCACUUCCUCGUCGAUUCUGGAACAGCAGAGAGACUAGUUCCUUUGCUCCCGGAGCUGAAACUCAAGGGCAAGCUGUCUGUGGACCAGUUGCCGGGAUUCGUGCACGUGUCGUCUCUGCAGUGGGGGAACGAGGCGUCCUUCCGCGACAACUGGGUCGCCACAUGCGAGGACGAUGUCGCCCUGAUCGCAUACAGCAGCGGGACAUCCGGCCUUCCCAAGAACAUAGAAAUACCACAAAGAUGUCUCCUCUAUUGCCUCGUCGCUGCCGAGACAACUCAGCCACUGACGUGCGACGACAUAUGCGUCACUGGGGCAAACAUAUGCACGUACAUUGGGUUCACGCUCUACCUCAAGGGACUGUACCUCGGCGCCACAUUCCUGAUGAUGGAGCAACACCAGCGUGCACACGGCCUCGCCGACGCCAUUGCCAGACAUAAGGCGACGUGGUUCAUGAGCACACCUCUUCGCGCUCUCGGCUACGCGCAGCAAGUGCUGAAGAGGGGUGACGGACCUCCACCUUCGCUGAAGAGUAUCUUGCUAGCGGGGGCUCCUCUGUCGGCGGCCGUCGCUCAAGAAGUCGUGGCCGUGUUACAACCCGACGAGAUGCGUAACGCGUACGGCACUACGGAGACCAGCGGCAUUCUGACUCUGCCACCACGCGGAGAGCGCUGCUACGACCACGUCGGGUUUCCAUUGCCCGGAACCAGGGUCAAGGUCGUUGACGCUGGAUCCGGCGCAGUGUUAGGGCCUAUGGAAAAAGGCGAAGUUCUAGUGCAUUCUCCUUCCGCUAUGAAAGGGUACUACAAUAUGGCUGACGAAACGGACGCUGUUAUCGAUGCGCAAGGAUGGUUCCAUACAGGCGACAUCGGUUUCUACGACGAGGACGGCCGCCUGUACCUAGUUGACCGGGUCAAGUUCACGCUGGACUGCUUCGGCAGGAAAGCGAGUCCCUGCGAAAUCGAAGACUGUCUCAUGGAACACCCAGACGUGGCCGAAGCCGCCGUGCUGGGAGUGCCUAGUGCAGUCGCCGGCGUGGUGCCUGCCGCCAUCGUGGUGCUCCGGUCACGUUGCGAGAACAGGGGCGAAGAGCUGGCCGAAGAACUCAAGGCCCACGUCGCGGCUCGUCUGUCCCGGUGGAAGCACCUUUACGGUGGAGUCUACUUCGCCGACGUCAUCCCAAGAACCGAGACGGGAAAGAUACAACGGCGCGACUUGCCCACACUCAUUCUUGCGCUGGAUAGAAUCGACCGUGGGGCAGUAUUGCCACCCAGAGAGUAAUUGCCUUCAUUAAAGGGUGUUUUUUUU